AUGCCUUUGGUGGUGAAAUGGCCGUUUCCUGCUCGCAUAAAUUUACAAAGGCAUGUAACCAGUACCGUAGUUACAGGACUUGUCGGCACUUACAGCUGGGUAUGGACCAAGUACAUGAAUCAACUGAGAGUGCACAACAAAGAAGUUUUGUAUGACCUUAUUGAAAAACGACAGUUGGACACCCCUCUCCUUACCAUCUCCAACCACCAGUCCUGCAUGGAUGACCCACACCUCUGGGGUAAACUGGCAUCACGUAUCUUCCUUGUUAUAUCUCCUUGCCACAGGACACCCACAGCUGCCGAUAUCUGUUUUACUAAAGAGAUUCACUCAUUGUUCUUCAGUCUGGGCAAGUGUGUACCAGUGUGUCGAGGGGAUGGUGUGUAUCAGCGAGGAAUGGACUUCAUUAUAGAAAAGUUGAACAAUGGUGAAUGGGUGCAUGUAUUUCCUGAAGGAAAAGUUAAUAUGACGCAAGAAUUUGUGCGCCUAAAGUGGGGCGUCGGACGUUUAAUAUCUGAGUGUACUGUGAACCCCAUCAUCCUUCCUCUCUGGCACGUUGGGAUGAAUGAUGUGCUUCCAAAUGAUCCUCCCUACAUACCUCGCUGGGGGCAGGUAAGUGUGGAAAGUAUUAAAUGGUAG